GGUGAAGGUACUGACACUUGUUUUUGCAAAAGCUCAGUCCCGCGGGAGGUGGGUGAAGGACAGUCUGUCCCGGCCUUUGCACUAACCUCACCCCCGCCGCCUCCCCAGGCGGGGUCCCUCACCGCCGGGGCGACGAGAGGCGGUACCCGGAGGCUGGGCGGGGCUGUGCUGCCCGCCCACCGGAGCCGGUCCGGAGCCGUCGCCGCGACAGGGCGGGUGGCAGCAGACGGGGCGGGGGUCAGCGCCAUGGCACAGAAAUGCGACGUGAUCGUGGUCGGGGGCGGUAUAUCAGGUCUCUCAGCUGCCAAGCUAUUGACUGAGUCAGGCUUGAAUGUUGUGUUGCUAGAAGCCAAUGACAGGGUUGGUGGAAGAACCUUCACUGUAAAGAAUAAACAAGUUAAAUAUGUGGACCUUGGAGGAGCGUAUGUGGGACCAACACAGAAUCGCCUUCUACGGUUAUCUAAAGAGUUAGGAAUAGAGACAUAUAAAGUGAAUGAAGUUGAGCACCUGAUACAUCAUGUCAAGGGUAAAUCUUACCCCUUUAAAGGUGCAUUCCCUCCUCUGUGGAAUCCAUUGGCCUACCUGGACUACAACAACCUGUGGAGGACAAUGGAUGAAAUGGGAAAGGAGAUUCCCAACGAAGCCCCAUGGAAGGCUCCACAUGCAGAAGAAUGGGACAGAAUGACUAUGCAAGAUUUCAUAGAUAAAAUUUGCUGGACAAAGGCUGCCAAGAGUUUUGCAACUCUGUUUGUAAAUGUGGAUGUCACUUCUGAACCCCAUGAGGUGUCCGCCCUCUGGUUUUUGUGGUAUGUGAAGCAGUGUGGGGGGACAGCCAGGAUUUUCUCAACAACCAAUGGAGGGCAGGAGAGGAAGUUUGUUGGAGGCUCUGGACAGAUCAGUGAGAAAAUAAUGGAACGCUUGGGAGGCCGAGUGAAGCUGAAGAAACCAGUAAUCCGCAUUGACCAGUCGGGAGAAAAUGUUGUAGUGGAAACCUUGGAUCAUGAAUUAUAUGAGGGCAAAUAUGUGAUCAGUGCCAUUCCUCCAGUUCUUGGUUUGAAGAUUCAUUUCAACCCACCUUUGCCCCCAAUGAGAAACCAGCUCAUCAACCGAAUCCCAAUGGGUUCAGUCAUCAAGUGCAUUGUGUACUAUAAGGAAACCUUCUGGAGGAAGAAGGGGUAUUGUGGUACCAUGAUGAUUGAAGAUGAGGAUGCAGCAAUUAGUUUAACACUUGACGAUACUAAACCUGAUGGCAGCUUUCCUGCUAUAAUAGGUUUCAUUCUUGCUCGAAAGUGCAGAAGACUGACCAAUCUCACAAAAGAAGAAAGGAAGACGAGGCUAUGUGAGCUCUAUGCCAAAGUUUUGGGAUCAGAGGAAGCUUUACAUCCAGUGCAUUAUGAAGAGAAGAACUGGUGUGAAGAGCAGUAUUCUGGAGGCUGCUACACAGCCUACUUCCCACCAGGCGUAAUGACUCAGUAUGGAAGGAUUCUUCGGCAGCCCAUUGGCAGGAUCUACUUUGCUGGCACUGAGACUGCCACAGAAUGGAGUGGAUACAUGGAAGGGGCCAUACAGGCUGGAGAAAGAGCAGCCAGAGAGGUACUGUUUGCUAUGAGGAAAAUCCCAGACACUGAAAUUUGGAAGCCAGAACCUGAAUCGAUUGAUGUUCCAGCUUUGCCUAUCACAACCACCUUUUGGGAGAGAAACUUGCCAUCUGUACCAGGACUACUAAAGCUGAUUGGGUUUUCCACUUUCUUCACCUCUGUGGCUGCUGCAGGGUUACUUGCCUACAGAAAGGGACUUCUGGUUCGAAACUGAAAAAUAUGCCAGUGCAAAGCCUCACACUCACAGUUUUCUUUUUCUCUGAGGUUUUUUUGGCAUGUACUUCCCUGCCUCCAAAGACAGGUCAGGACUAGGGAAGAGGAGAAAACAGUAGAGAGAAGACUCCAGAGGGGAGGGUAAAUGAAGGGGAUGCAUAUUCAAAAAGAGCCCCUUGAGUUCAGGCCUCCUUCUAGCUGUAAUUUUUUUGUUGUUGAAUUUCUAGGAAACCUUGCAAAGAAUUAUCACCUUGAGAUUUUCAUCCAGAUCUCAGAACACAGGUGACAAAAUGCCUUGAUAAUACCUGUUUUGAUAAGAUUUCCAGUAAUUUUUACACAUAUAUCAGGCCCCAAAUUAUGAGUCUUCUUGGCACUCCCAUCUUUAGUUUAAAAAAAAAAUAAAAAAACACAAAAAAAAACAACCAACAAAAAGCCACUUCUGCCUUCCUUUGAGGUAGACUGAGAAAAGAAAUCCGUAGCUUUAAGAAAAAUUGAUUAGUGAAUGCAAAUUUUUGGUGAGAAUCCUUUUAGUGAUUUUCUUUUUUUUUUUUUUUUCUCUCUCAAAUGUCAGAACCUAGCUAGUCCUUAAACAAGAAGUCAGACCACCUGUUCAGAUGUUGGUCUAAGUGCAUCCAUCCCAGCUAUGCAAGUGUGGCUUUGGGUUGUUAGUAUUUCCAAUGGUGUCAUUGUCCUACAGUAAGUUGAAGGAGAAUGCUUCUACUGCCUUUUGCAAUGGAGAUAAAUUUCAGGCUCCAGACAAACUCUGGUGACGUGAGCAGCAUGUCUGAUCAGGCUGUUGGGCUUGAGUGUGAACCAGGGGCUUAAAGUUAAAUGUGUUAAUACAGACAAAGCAUUUUGAACCUUUGUUACCAUCUGACAUAUUUCUGACCCCAAGCCUCCCCUACCUUUUCAGCUUCCUAAAGGGAACUGCAAGAUAGCAAGAGAACAGCUUAACUUCUGCUUACCCCUGAAAGCUGUAGAGCCAUCCAUACAACACUUUCACCACUUUUUCUUAUCUCCCUCCUUUCCUUCACCUACUUAAAUUUAUACUCCGAACACCUUGAGGGUAGCUCUUGCCUAGUAGGGCACAAUGGGUUCAUAAAUGUAGCGUUAACAUAACAAAUAAUACCCUUAUCUGUCCCUCAGCACUGCUUUGUGCUGAACACUGCUCAGCUGAUUCAGAGUUCCAGUCUCUCCUAACAACCACGUUGACGUGAUUAGCACUUCCACUUCUUCCUGCUGUGCAGUGUUGUACUGACUGCAUGCUGCUGGUGACUAAUCAGGGAUCUAAAUGAUGCAAAGAUCAAAGGGAACCAUGGGUAAGACAGUCACAUACUAGUACUUCUGCCCUUCCUGGCUUGGUACCAUUCAAACAAUGCAAAACAAGAAAAGGGGGAAGAAGGGUGGGAAACAAGUGGGGGAAAAAAGCCAGAAAAGAAACAAACCCACCAACCCCAGCAGUACUUUAGAUGCCAAACUGCCAGCUCAGUAUUUCUACUGUUUAACAUCUGCGCAUGACAAAAGAGGAAGUCAGAGGUAUAACUAGGAAAAGGAUUUGGCACUGUGCAUGAGAAAAAUUGAAUUCUUCUGAGUCCAUUUGCUGCACUCCUGCCUUCAAUCAGUGGUAAUCUAUUUGCAAAAAUAUUAAAUAAUAAUAGUAAUAAAAUAAAUUAAAAAAACAAAAGUCUAAUUGCAUUUCAGUAAAAAGCCGUGAAGAGAAAUAUGAAGUAUAAUGAUAUAUUCAGCAAAGGGGAAUGAGUAGACAGUAGAGGAAAUUUACCAUCAGUCUCAUGAAGACUUUCUGGGCCAGCAUCUGAUGUCCUUGCUUGUGCUGUGUAGUACUUUGCACUCCAAAUAGUCCCAUGGAAAUCGACAGAGCUACUUAUAAAACUGUAAUAUUUGUGAGCAGUGCAUUGGUUUCUGGCUCAUAGGUUUCAUUCUUUUUAUCUUGAUGUGCCAGUUAAAAAUCUUCUUGUAGCAGCAGCUUGGAUUUUAUCACAAAUGAAUAUCCUCGUAACAGCCUUUUAAAGUACAUGAGGGAACUUUUCAGACAUAAAGAUCUUUAAGUCAGAAGAACAGUGCAGCACUGUACAUAUGGCCUUUGUCAUUGUAUUGCACCAAGCUUUAAUUGGCUAGGACAUUUGCCUACCACAGUUUAUUUCUGCACGGGCUUUCUUUCUCUGUGAAUUAUUUAUGAAAUGAAUUAGAAACCCAGAGCUGAAUGGGAGCUGAGUGAGCUUUUGCAACUCAGAUGGUUAUUAGGUUGAAAAUUAGUAUAGGAACCUAAAUCUGGGAAGACGUUCUUGAAGUCUUGGCUAAUAUUUCUAAGUGUAGGAUGUGGAACACAUACUUAACAUAUAAAGAAACGCUAUCUUUGCAGAUCAUUUCACGGCCAACACUGGAGUUCAAGUCUUGUUUCUGCCCUAGAAAUACUCUGUAUGUCUGGAAAGGGGAACAAAUCUAUGAGAUUAAUGAGGCCAAACUGUUUUUAUUUGUGUGCAAAAUUUGUGUUUUUCUUUUUUCUCCUGAAUGUCACAUUUUUUCUCAUCUAACAAGAAAUUGCUCUGUGCUACAGGAGCAGAAAAAGCAGAAAACUCAAGGAAAAAAAAACAAAUUUAGGUUUAGUUUGAACUGAAUUAUGCAACAACAAAAGCUUUUCAUGAGGUUGGUCAUUAAAUAUAUACAUAUAGAUAGAUAGAUAUAAAACUUUCUCAUUCUUAGUUUUAAAAUGAAACACAGAUACAAAAAACAAAGCAACAACAAAAGAAACCACAAAGCAUUUCAGAUGGAUUGACAUGAAAUCGUAAGCUUGGAUCCCAUGAGGUUUCUAGCCAAUACUUACAGAGCCAGGAAGUCUGAUUUGCUGCAUAUGUAUUAGCACUGCAAAGUCUUUGACUUCUUCCUCCCAGCCUACCUAAGUAUUAGACUGGUCUCUUUGUCUCCAUAGCCAUGUCCUCCUACUGUGCUGUGGAACUUGUUGCCACUGUGUAAUAAGUAGUGUUUGCUGUUGUUUCCUUAACGUCUUUCACAUAAAAUGAAUGUGGCAGAUUGUGUAUUGUCAGCAUGACAAGAAAAAUCAGUGAUGAGAAAUACAGGUAGAGAAUUAAGCUGCUUCUGCAUGGAUAGAGGGAACAGAUAGCACUAGCUUACACUUGAAAGUUCUUUCAUGCCGACCAUCAGAGUGAGGGAUUGUGUCUGGUUUAACAGGCAGCCAAUGGUGUUAUGCUAUAUUCUUAACUUGUUAACACAUUUGUUGAGAAAUCUGCUAACCAUGAAGGUUCUAGGAGUUUACCAGCUUAGUAAGAUGCAUUAUAGGCACACCCAUGGAAAUAACUGUAUUCAUCUCUUACAAACCAAUUUGUGUAAUUGUAUAUAUUCUAAGGGUCUGUAGUGUUUGAUAUAAAAAAAGAAGAAAAAAAAUGAAAAAAAAAGUUUACUUUCUUGUUGACUGUUGUAAUAGUAACUGCUUACUGCACAGAACAUCAAGUUGUGGCAUAAAAAUCUGUGUUAGCCAAAGUUCUUGGAAAUUAAUUGUACAGGCUGUUCAAUACUAACUAGGAAGUGAACAGUCUGAGGUAGCCCCUUGUCUUUCCUUUAACUAGCACAUUUUUCUUCUCAAUGGAAAUCUUCAUUGCAAUUAGCAUAUGUGCUGUCAAUAAGACAAAGACAUUAAUCACCUUUAAGUAUAUGUCUAAGCAGUGUCCAUGACUGGAAUCCGGGACCUGCUGGAGAAGCCAGGAGUUUCCAUUAAAAUAAUUUCCCUCUUUCCUCAGUGGGACUAUUUCUCUCUUAGGUAGAUUUUACAGAUGUCCAAAAUUUAUAAUAUAUAUGUAUACAUUUUUGAGACAUAAAAGAAAAAUGUUUCUGAGGAAGAAGGAAUUGUGUGUGCUGCAGAAGUACUUGGAUGCAAAAGGGACCAAGAAUUAAAUGACAACAAAUCUGCCAGUGCUCUCAGGCAAGAAGCAAACCCACUUAAAUUGCAGAUUACAAAUGCUCAUGAAUAAACCUGACCUGUGUUUAAAUAGAUUCAUGUUCUCUCUCACUUCUCCACCUUAAGAUCACCUUGAUCUAACCAUCCAUUCUUAAAUAGAGAUAAAAAUGAGAUGGCCAAAACAGGCUUGCUUUUAAAGCAUCUGUACAGUGAAAUUGUUUAGGCUCUGUCAUAGACCGCUGCUUCUAGUGUGUCUCUUGUGACCAUGUACAGGUCGAUGUGAAGUGAUGCUUGCCUCCGUGUUUUGGAAAAAAAAAGAAACAAAGUGACUUUGCUUUGCAGGAAUAUGUAUGCUGUGUGCGUGAUGAGUCUGUGCCUUUUAUAACUGUAGCAUUUUCUCAAGUGCCUCUGUGGUGACUGUCUCCCUUGGUUUCCUUCUUAAGUUCCGUUUUCAUCAGGCUCUGCAGAUAUUUUUAUCUGACAGCUGUGAAACUUUUUUUGUUUUGUUUUUUAACCUUAAUUGGAAUCAAUAAAUAUCGUCAUGUCACA